CACGCAUACUCUAAAAGUGCACUUUCAAGGAACCCACGCAGAGAGUAGCUGCCUGCUAGUGUGCCGUGCAUUCAUUUCAUUCCAUUGGUUGGUUCCCAAGGCAUUCUUCGAUCACCAAGGGAGUAAGCAAGGUAUGACAGGAGGUAGGGAAAAGUUAGUAGUGUAUAAUAAGAAGAACAGGAGAAAGGUGGUGGUGAUAGAGCAUAGGUGGUGGAAGGUGCUAUUGGACUUUGCACAGCUGAAGCAUAGCUCCAUCUCCUUUUUCCAUCUCCACAAACACGAGUCCCCAACUUCUCGCUGGUCUAGAGCCCGAACCAGAGCUGCCAAGGUUGGUAAAGGCUUAUCAAAGAAUGGGAAAGCUCAAAAGCUGUCAAUGCAGCACUGGCUUGAAGCUAUCGAUCCGAAACAUCGUUAUGGACACAACCUUCACUUCUACUAUGUGCAUUGGUUGCAUUCGCAAAGCAAUGAGCCCUUCUUCUACUGGUUAGAUGUGGGUGAGGGGAAGGAACUUAACAUUGUGGAUAAGUGCGCUCGGGGGAAACUUCAGCAGCAGUGCAUCAAGUACCUUGGACCAAUGGAACGGAAAUCAUAUGAAAUUGAGGUGAAAGGGGGGAAGUUCAUGUACAAGCAAAACGGGGAAGUUCUUGACACAAGUAGUAGUUAUUUAAAAGGCGCUGUGAAGUGGAUCUUUGUUCUAAGUGCCUCCAGAACACUAUAUGUUGGUAAGAAAACGAAAGGCCUGUUUCAACAUUCCAGUUUCUUGGCCGGUGGGGCUACACUGGCCGCUCGGAGGAUAGUUGUCCACAAUGGAAUCUUGAAGGUAUGUAUAUUCAUAUUAAUGGUUUACACGCAUCAUGCAAUCAAAACUGCAUGCUGAGUUAUUAUUUAGUUGAUCGAUCAAGGCAUCAAGUUCAGUCGUCUGAUAGUCUUAUUCUAAUGAACAAACAUCCUUCAAUAAUCAAUAUUCAUACAGGCUGUUUGGCCACACAGUGGACAUUACCGCCCCACCCCCGAAAAUUUUCAAGAUUUCAUCUCCUUCCUUAAAGAGAACAACAUUGAUCUCACACACGUUAAGCUUGAAUGUACUGAUGAAGAAGAAUUCAUUGGCAAGAAAAGCAGCGUAUACUCCACAAACAACUCCACUGAAGAUAAUGACCUUCUUGAACAUGGCGGUUUAGAAAUUGAAGAGAAUGAUGAAAAAGUUGAGUCAAAAGAAGAAGAAUUGAUAUAUGCAACACUAGAGCAGCCGGAAUGGAUGAGUCAUAGUGGACUGCGGCCUAUUCUUGAAAUUCCUUGCAAAGUUGAUUUCUCAGAGAGGUUGAGGAAUGAGUGUGUUGCUGUUAACAUGAAACCAAACACCCCCGUCCUACCUGAAUCGCCAAGAGAUGAAUAUGAAUCAGCAGAAGAAGAAAGUGUCACUUUUCGGAAAGAAGAAGAUAGAGAGGAGUUAAACAACUACUGCCCCUUUGAUGAUGAGGAUGAAGAAAUAACAACCGCAACAACAAAAGUUCCUGACGAUUCAAUUCUGCACAGGAUCAACUCACACAAAGAAGCAAAUUCAAAUCAGAUGGGAAAGCAAUUCUCCUGCAAAUGGAGUUUCCAAUCGCAGCUUCAGUCCCAUGCUUUAGGAGAAGUUAACUUGUCUCACAAAACCCCUAACCGUAGUCUAUCUUGCAGCUUAUCUCCUACGGGAAACUGGAAGUAUCUGCCUCCUACACUUAGUGGUCUUUCUAGAAGGCAUUCAUCUCCCCUGUGUAAAGAGAUGACACUAAUGAUAACUUCAGUUUCAGCUCAAGUCCAUUGACCAUUUACUUCAUUCUUUCUGUGUUUGAAUAUAUACGAGAAUACAUAGGAAAUGUGGCACUUGAAUUCUUGCAUUUUACAUAGGAAUUGUUU